AUGAAACGAGUCUCUCGAAUUGGGAUUGAAGGAGAGCAGCAACAAGAACCUCAGCAACGUCGACAACAACAACCACAAACAUCAACAACAGAAUUAGCAUCAUCAUGUCCGAACCUACAUGUAUUAGUACAGCACCAACACCAGCACCAUAAUCCAGAGAAGUAUCUUGCUGUUACUACAUGUACUAAUCUUCAUACUAAAAGUCCUUCUUCUUCAUCGUCAUCAACAUAUGAACAUGAGCAUCACACACCAGUAACAAACAUUGUCAUGCAACAAGCAACAAUAUCGUUACCUUCUUCACCAGUUGUGAAUAACGAAUCAUCUUUACCAUCAACAUGUUCAGCAAGGAUAACAUUACAUCCCAUCUCAUGUAAACGUUGCAAAAGUAGACAUACUAGAUGUGAUAGAGUCUUACCAGCAUGUAGUUAUUGUUUAAAGAACAAUUUCGAAUGCAUGUAUGAGACUCCAAAAAAGUUAAGGAAGAAUUUCAAUGCAGAGUUUGUCGAUCUGAAUGAGAAGACAUCAAGUAGCAUGCAUGCAUCAAUCACACAUCCACAACAACCCAAGUCCAAGUAUAAGGUCUAUAAGUUCAAGUUGAAUACCAAAACUAAAGCUGAAGAUGAGGAACCAAUGGAAGAAUGUGAAAAAUAUUGUGUAAUUGAUGAUAAACCAAUGUCAGCAAGGAAAUUAGUGGAAGAACAUUCUCAUGUGAUGGUGAUGGUGAUGGUGAUGGUGAUUCCCAUAGAGAAAAUGCUACUUUUGAGUUUAGAAAUGAAAUCAGACUCUUUGCAAAGAACUUUCUUGAAUCAUCAUUGGAUUAUUAUUCGAAACAUAUUUCAUGAUUUGUUAGCACUAAUGUAUGCCUCACAAGCAUUGAUUCUGUAUUUUAAGGAAGAAUGGCGAGAGGCAGAGGAAUACUACAACAAGUGCAUUCAAAUAUUGGAAGAUGAAACCGAAUCAAAUAGGCUUCUUUGUCUUUCUACCACUUUUGAGAAUAGGACAAUGUUUUUCACAUCGAAUAGAAUGGAUUCUCAGUCUCUGUUCUUGAUAGGAACUAGGUUAAUAUUGUGUCAGUACAAAUUGUCGAUGGGAGAUUUGAAAGAAGCUGUAAAAUUUGUUAGAUUGGCAGAUGUCAUGCUGGAUGAAAGGUUUCCUGUAUUUAAGGAACAAAGUUUUUUACCAAUCAAUGCUAAUGAAAUACCUCAAAAUCUAUUUGAUGGAAUAUCAAAGGAGGAAAUUCUAAUUAUCAAAAAGAGGAUUCAUUGUGGAAUGCUUUUGGAUGAAUUGAAAUUCACACUGGAAAACCUAAAAGAAUACAUACAACCUGAAUCAAUGGUUUCCUCUCCACUUUUCAAUAAUCAAUCAUUCAUACUGAAAGAAAGUAGUACUUUCCAAUUUUCUUCAUUUGUGAAUAGAUUUGUCUUUGGAAAUUCAAUAGAUAUCAGAGGUAGAUGUAAAUAUGAACUGCUGUGUUUGUUGCAGUCCCCUAAUGUGAUUUUUAGGAAUCAGACUAAUGUACCCUUCUUAAUAAUAGGAAUAGCUGAGAAUAAUGUGAAACAUUUGGAAGAAGAAGCUUUGGAACAAUUUGGAAUUGGAAAAGUACAAGCUAUUUCACUGAAUGAAUCAUCAAGUCUAGAUUUAAACGAGUUUAAUCAAGUAGUAUUCGUGUUACAGAAAAUAUACUUGACUAGUUGCAGUCUGCUUGUUCUCCACGAAAUAAUAAUCAACAGCUCCCAACAAUUUACACAACAAUGUGAUAGUGAAAUUGUUGAAAAGUGUAAAAUAUGGAGGAGUGCCUUUGCAGACGAGCUUAGUGAUUAUUAUGCACUACUACCAACAGAAACAGUAAAUAUUUGCUUAUUGGUUGUGGCUGUGUUCGUGGUGGCAAACAUUCAUGCUGACCUGAUUCGAAGAGAGCUGCUCAACAAAACUCCUCCGCCCGCGUUACUUGUGCGUAGAAUGAGGAAUGAUUUUAGAUUGCUCUCACUUUUAAAGAGAAAGUUUUCCAACUGGUUUGGAAGUUAUCAUAAUAAGUUGUGCGAGAAUAUAGAAAACUUAUUGAACGAAAUUGCAAUACUUAAUAAAGAAAAUUUAUAA